AUGCACCUGAAGAAAAGAGCAUCCUCUGUUUCUACGCUCGUGGUUCCCAUCAGCUUCAGUGUUCCCCAGAGAGAUCAAGGCCUGCCUUGUCAGCACAGGUUUUUUCUACCGGUUUCCAAACUGCCAUCUCAAACCCCACUGAACAACGACGGCAGCUCCUCUCGUCGCCCGACCGUCGGAUGUGGCGAGAUCUCCGUGUCAGAGCAAAGGAAUGCUUUCACCUAUCCACGCAAGACAGAGGCAGCGCCCGCGACUCACAAAAGCAGCCACGGGACGAAUCCUGCAGCCCCGCAGCCCAGCCUAAGAUUGUGGGGUGACCAUGGACAAGAAGCUUUAGAAUCUGCCCAUGUUUGUGUAAUAAACGCAACGGCGACAGGAACUGAAAUACUCAAAAACUUAGUGCUACCAGGUAUUGGUUCAUUUACAAUUGUCGAUGGGAAUCGGGUCUCUGGAGAAGAUGUUGGAAAUAAUUUCUUUCUACAAAAAAGCCAUAUUGGUCAGAAUCGUGCCCAGAGUGCCACUGAGCUCCUGCAAGAAUUGAAUAGUGAUGUUUCUGGAAACUUUGUUGAAGAGAGUCCAGAAAAACUUCUAGACAAUGACCCUUCCUUUUUUAAUCGGUUUAACUUGGUGGUUGCAACGCAACUACCAGAAAGUACGUUGCUGCGCUUGGCUGAACUUCUCUGGAAUUCUAAUGUUCCUCUGCUGGUCUGCAGGACUUAUGGACUGGUUGGUUAUAUGAGAGUCAUUAUUAAAGAACAUACAGUUGUUGAAUCUCAUCCUGACAAUAUGUUAGAAGAUCUGAGACUGGACAAACCGUUUCCAGAGCUGAGGGAACAUGUUCAGUCUUAUGACUUGGAUCAUAUGGACAAAAAGGACCAUAGCCACACUCCAUGGAUUGUGAUUGUAGCCAAGUAUCUAACAAAAUGGUUCAACGAGAAAAGUGAUCAGUUGCCCAAGAGUUACAAAGAAAAAGAAGCCUUCAGACAACUGAUUCGGCAAGGUAUUUUAAAGAAUGAAAAUGGGACCCCAGAAGAUGAGGAAAACUUUGAAGAAGCUAUAAAAAAUGUGAACACAGCAUUAAAUACCACAGAGAUUCCAAGAUGCAUUGAAGAGAUUUUUAAUGAUGAUUGCUGCAUAAAUCUCACAGAGCAGUCACCCUCCUUCUGGAUUUUGGCUCGAGCUGUAAAGGAGUUUGUGGCAAAUGAGGGGCAAGGAAGCUUGCCUGUCCGGGGCACUAUUCCUGAUAUGAUAGCAGACUCCAAUAAAUUUAUCAAAUUGCAAAAUGUGUACCGUGAAAAAGCAAAGAAGGAUAUUGCUGCUGUGGGUAACCAUGCUGCUAAAUUGUUACAAUCCCUAGGCAAGGCACCCGAAUCUAUUUCAGAGAGAGAAUUAAAAUUGCUUUGCAGCAACUCAGCUUUCCUCCGAGUAGUACGAUGUAGAUCUCUGUCUGAAGAAUAUGGUUUAAACACUUUUAACAAGGAUGAAAUCAUUUCCUAUAUGGACAACCCAGACAGUGAAGUAGUGCUGUACUUGAUGCUACGGGCUGUAGACAGAUUUUAUAAGCAGCAUGGUAGAUACCCAGGUGUCUACAACUAUCAGGUAGAAGAUGAUAUUGGAAAACUAAAAUCAUGCCUUACUGGUUUCUUACAAGAACAUGGGUUGUCUGUAGUGGUGAAAGAUGACUAUGUUCAUGAGUUUUGCCGCUAUGGAGCUGCUGAGCCACAUGCUAUCGCUGCCUUCAUGGGAGGUAAGAAUAUCACUGUAUUUCUAAGGUCCAUGCAAACAAACCAACCUGCUCUAGUGCAUACUUGUGUCAAAAUCUCCACUGCUUUAAUUACUUUGUAUUGUCAGAGCAAAGACCCAUCACAGACUGUAGUCAAAGAUACUAUUAGAACAAAAUCCUUCCCCUUAAUUCUCCAGAUAUGACCUCCUGUGGUAUAUAGAAAAAGUGGACACAAUAAGGGGUUUAGAGUCAGUAAAAGAAAGCAAAUAAACUUAAAAAAUAAUCUCAGUAGAUCAAUUCUAGUAGCUUAAAAGUGUGUUUAAAAAUAAAAUGCUUGAAAGAGGCUUUGAGUUAAAAAGAAAAGGGCAAGGAAUAAUUGUAGUAACAUUAAAAUUAACACAGUACACACCUUCCUUUAAAAUAACACAAUACACUUAAGUAUCUAUUAAAUAUAAAUAGCCUUGAUUGCUUAAUUCAACCUGUGGGCAUUAUUAAAACUAAAUAUAUGUUUUAAUGGAUGCUCAAAAUUGAUGUAUCAAUUCACUUAUCUUUAUUUGGCUUCAUGCGGUGCUGAAGAUAAUUGUAUUAAAUACUCUGUGGAUGUAGGAUUUUUUUUCUGAUUAAGUGAACCUUGGUAUUUGCAGUGCUUUAGAAAAAUAUGUAAAGACAUCUUCUUAAGAAAUUACAGAAUAUUUCAUACUACAGAAGAACACAAAGGGAUCAUAGUGAAGUGACCAAUUUAUUUUACAGUUUAACUGUAUGUGAUUUUUUUAAAAUUUAACUUCUCAAUUUCAUUUAGAGAGGUCACAACUUGCAUGGGUCUGUCUGCUCACGCAUUUUUACUCUGUGUGUGUGUGUACGUACAUGGAGAGAGAGAGAGAAAGCGUAUACAGCAAAGUGUAUACUAGGAAGUACUGAAAGGCAUCUUUUCCUCCUAGGAGUUGUAUCAGGUGCUUCCAAAAUAAUUCCUGUGUAGUGAGUUCUAGAUAAAUAGCAUUCUUUUACUGGUUUUUAAGUAUGACCUGCUAACUACCUUCUG